AUGAGUAAGAGAUACUUACAGAAAGCAACAAAAGGAAAGCUGCUAAUAAUAAUAUUUAUUGUAACCUUGUGGGGGAAAGUUGUAUCCAGUGCAAACCAUCAUAAAGCUCACCAUGUUAAAACGGGCACUUGCGAGGUGGUGGCACUCCACAGAUGCUGUAAUAAGAACAAGAUAGAAGAGCGAUCACAGACAGUCAAGUGCUCCUGCUUCCCUGGGCAGGUGGCAGGCACCACGCGAGCUGCUCCAUCUUGUGUGGAUGCUUCAAUAGUGGAACAGAAAUGGUGGUGCCAUAUGCAGCCAUGUCUUGAGGGAGAGGAAUGUAAAGUUCUUCCGGAUCGGAAAGGGUGGAGCUGUUCCUCUGGGAAUAAAGUGAAAACAACUAGGGUGACCCAUUAACCAAGGAUAAAUCAAGUGAUCCUCAAGCCUGAUUACAUUGAACAUAUGCACAGAAACUUAAUUCCUGAGGUGAUCUUGAAGGGAGAUUUUUAUAUUGCUCACAAGAGGCACUGCAGAGUCUUAUUUCCAAGGGAUUUCAUGGCUCGUCAUCAGCCUCUUCUUGAAACCAAGACUUUUAAAAAGUCAGACAUGAACUUCUGUGUCAUGAAGAUUUUGUCAGAUUUGAACUGUGUUCAACUUGUAAAAUUGCACUUGCUAAGAGAAUUUGAAGUUGCCAUCUGAAGAGUUGGUGUUUCCAGGUGAUGUCAGAGACAUUCACCUUUUGGGUUCUUGGCCUCAAAUGGGACUGCUUUUCUUGUUUUUGAAAGUCUGCCAAGUGCACCGGCCUUCUGCCAUGGGUAUGUUCCUGGGUCCGGUCCUGUGUUCCUUGGCUGGUGGGACUGCACCCGCCUUUAUUGACAUUUCCUUUGCGAACUUCUCUGGCAUGGUGUAGACUGAGACAAUUUUAUUUGUAUCCUAUUCUCGGAGCUCUGAAAGCCUACAUGUUUUAACAUCUUAAAGUUGCUUUUGUUAAAGGAAUGGAAAUAUAUAUCCAUUGAUAAUAAUUAUUGUUGGCAAGUAAUAGUUAUCUGACUACAUCAAUCAUAUAAGAAUGUAUAGACAAGCUGACAUGUUUCCCCAAGGCUAACAUACUAUUGCAGCUCUCUAUCAGUUAAAUAGGUAAUAGUUAGAACUGAAUUUCCAUUUUCAUUGUAUGCUAUUUUGUACUUCUAAGGGUACUCUCCCUCUCGGUGUUUGUUUUUGUUUUUUUUCAAGUGGGCUUUUUCUUUCAUGUUUACAUUUACUUUUUCCCUUCACAGAAAUCAGCAGUGAGCAGUCAAGUAUGUAGGAAGCCUUCAGUUUCAAAAAAUCGACAGGGACGCAUGUGGAUAUCUGAUUUCUUAGCUUGAGAGUUAUUCACUAAGAUUUCUUCUAGUAAUUUUUUUA